AUUAUCUUGUAGACUUAUCUUGUCUUGGAAAAACGUUAUGUUACAGUAACAUAUUAUGUUACCAUAUCUCAUUAAUUAUUUGCCACAUAAGCAAAUUUUUUUUGAAAUGCACUAUGUUAUUAGCUAAGUUACUCCCACUAUGACUGGCCUUAGUAAGAAGAGUAAUCCCCAGUCCCCACCUAACAAUAGAGUAGAUCUUUUCUCCCAUCCUCCCUCACUCACUCACUCUUCUCCUUUGGUAGAGCUGGUUACUGACAGGUGAUUCGCAUUCUUUUGGGUAGUAGUAGUCGUAGUAGCUUGUGAAGAAUCUUGGGGAAACACCACAGGGACUUUCUUCAGAAUCGACAAAAGCAAAAUGCAGAGGAGUUGGUGACAAGGAACCAGCCAGCUACUGACCGAGUGGUCAGAUUGCAAAUGCAGAGGAGUUCCUGUUGAGGAAAGAUCCGUCCUCUCUGCUAACCUGGGCGCUAGAUCCACUGCUAACUGCAGUUUCCAGUUCGUGCUACAUCUCUAGAUCAAGCACCUGCGAGGCGUACACGGAUAAGUCGUUGACUCGGGAAGGCCGCAGGCAUUCACUUCCUUCUCCAUCGUUGCUCAAAGAAAAUAGCACUUGCAGCCUUCGGACACGACCAGUUGCUAUUGAUUAGAUUUCCUUUCUCGAAUUACCAUUUGAUUGCACAUCUACUUUGUGUAGAUAACACAAGAAUGGAACAAAAUGUCCUGGAGCAAAUACUUGAGGGCAGCAUGGAGCCAACACAUAUUCCGCUAGUAACUUUAUGGAAAAUCACUGACGGGUUUUCCCCGGAUAGAAUAAUCGGUGAAGGGGGAUUCGCAACGGUUUAUAAGGGUGUUGUUGGGAAUUGGAGUGUUGCUGUGAAGAAGAUCAGGAGCGUCAAGACAAUUGAUGACAAGCUCUUUCGUCGUGAGGUUGGCAGCCUACUGGAGGUGAACCAUCCAAACGUAGUUCGGUUUCUCGGCUUAUGUUCUGAUACAGUGGAGACACCAAUGAAAAACCCAGAUGGCAGAGGAUAUAUUUACGCCGAGGAAAGAGAAAGAUUAAUGUGUUUUGAGUAUAUCACUAAUGGGAGCCUUGACACAAAAAUUACAGAUGAAUUAAGAGGCUUUGAGUGGGAUAAGCGUUAUAAGAUAAUUAGAGGAAGUUGUGCGGGUCUACAUUAUCUACACAUGGAAAAACAUAUUCUUCAUAUGGAUCUAAAGCCUGCCAACAUACUACUAAAUGAUGGACUGGUGCCAAAGAUUACGGACUUUGGUCUAUCAAGACCAAUAGAUUGCUCACAAACUAUGGCCGAAAUGCAUUUUUCACUAGGCUAUUGCGCUCCGGAAAUCCUGUUUGGUGGUAGGAUGUCCCCCAAGUCAGACAUGUAUAGUUUGGGUGUCACAAUCGUCGAACUGGUGACAGGACAUAAGGGUACCCCUAAUAAGGAUAAUGUAAGAGUGUUUUAUCUCGUGACGGAAAAACACUUCUUUAAGAAUCAUGUUUCCGUUGCAUGUUGUGGCUCCUACUGAACUUGAAUACUAACGUAGAUUG